GUGAGUCGCGCAGCCGCGGAGGAGCGGGCAGAGGGAGAUCGAGCGCUCUCAGGUUGGCUGACCCGGAGGGGAGCCCCCGUGGUAGAGGGGACCGGAGCUGAGCAUUUCAGAUCUGCUUAGUGAACCGGUGUAUCACCCACCAUGCUGGCUGCAAGGCUUGUGUGUCUCCGGACACUGCCUUCCAGGGUUUUCCAGCCCACUUUCACCAAGACCUCCCCACUCAUAAAGAAUUCCAUCACGAAGAAUCAAUGGCUCUUAACACCCACCAGGGAAUAUGCUACCAAGACAAGAGUUAGGAUCCACCGUGGGAAAACUGGCCAAGAAUUGAAAGAGGCAGCUUUGGAACCAUCAAUGGAAAAAAUCUUUAAAAUUGAUCAGAUGGGAAGGUGGUUUGUUGCUGGAGGAGCAGCUGUUGGUCUUGGAGCGCUGUGCUACUAUGGCUUAGGAAUGUCUAAUGAGAUUGGAGCUAUCGAAAAGGCUGUAAUUUGGCCUCAGUAUGUGAAGGAUAGAAUUCAUUCUACUUACAUGUACUUAACAGGAAGUAUUGGCUUAACAGCUCUGUCUGCCAUGGCAGUAGCCAGAACACCUGCUCUCAUGAACUUCAUGAUGAGAGGCUCUUGGGUGACAAUUGGUGCAACCUUUGCAGCCAUGAUUGGCGCUGGAAUGCUGGUACAGUCAAUACCAUAUGAUCAGAGCCCAGGGCCAAAGCAUCUGGCUUGGAUGCUUCAUUCUGGUGUGAUGGGUGCAGUGGUGGCUCCUCUGACGAUCUUGGGGGGGCCUCUUCUCUUGAGAGCUGCAUGGUACACUGCUGGUAUUGUGGGCGGCCUCUCGACUGUGGCCAUGUGCGCACCCAGUGAGAAGUUUCUGAACAUGGGAGCCCCCCUGGGAGUGGGCCUAGGCGUUGUCUUUGUGUCUUCACUGGGAUCUAUGUUUCUUCCCCCUACCACAGUGGCUGGUGCCACUCUGUAUUCAGUGGCAAUGUAUGGUGGAUUAGUUCUUUUCAGUAUGUUCCUUCUAUAUGAUACUCAGAAAGUAAUCAAACGUGCAGAACUAACACCAAUGUAUGGAGUUCAAAAGUAUGAUCCCAUCAAUUCGAUGUUGAGAAUCUACAUGGAUACAUUAAAUAUAUUUAUGCGAGUUGCAACUAUGCUAGCAACUGGAAGCAACAGAAAGAAAUGAAGUGGCCGCCUCUGGUGUCUCUGCUCACUCAUGCUUGUUAAUAGGAGCAGAUAGUCAUUACAGUUUGCACUAGCAAAACUCCUUUGUAGAAGAUAAACUGUCACCAUGUGUAAAGUGUUCAGUAAUGUGACGCUUCAGGUUUGCUUUUUCUUUUAGAGAAUAAAUUCAAUAGAUGUCUUCCAAAUAAGUGCAUACACUUUCAACUAUUGUGUUUGAGUAACUUAAAAAUGCUUUGAUGAAUGUGGGAACUAAAAUUUGUGUUACAAGAUUUCAGAUUUUUUUUAGUUUAUUGGAUAAGUAAGAUUUUGUGAAUUUAUCUGUCUUCAUAAUUUGGGGGGCUUGCAAAAUAUUUAAGAUCCUGAAUGAUGAGGUUUUGGUAUAAAGAUCAGAUAGAGGUAAAAAGUCACUUUAGUCACAUUGUAAAUGCUUAGGAGAGCACUGAUUGGGGUGAGAGAUGUCAGAGAGACAUUUGAGAUGUGGAACAAGUUCAUGGGCUGUGACUAAAGACACAGUUAUUUGUGUCUCUGCUUAUCAAUGGCCCUCUGGUGUUAACUCAUUGUCAGGAUAGUUCAGAGGGUUAAUUCUGAAGAGACUCCGUGGUGGAAUUAUGUAUAUGUGAGUUUUACUGUGAAGUCUUCUAAAACAAAUGUCCUUAUAAUUAUGUUCACUAUAAUGUUCUCCAAAGUACGGGAUUUGUCUGCUUUCAAAUACAUGGUGUGUUUGAAGUUUGUUGGUAUUUUCUAUGGGUCUGACUGUAAACAUGCUUGCUUUUCUCAUCACGCUUAACAGCUGUCAGGAAAGCCUUCUGGCUUAUGCUAAGAUUAGGAGCCUUUUUUUCUUCUAAAACUGUUGUCGUCCUGUGUUCUCUCUCAGGUUAGCAUGAACAAACAAAGCAAACUUAGUUGACCUUGGGAAGUAUUUGAAAAGAAGGCAAUGGGGAGGUGUUUUCUUCGCCUCUCUUAUCACUUUCUCUCCGUGGACACCAGGGACAUUUGUAAGGUUUUGAUACAGCGGUCACGGGUGGGAGAUUCAUCAGUGAGGUCUGUAUGACUAUAUGCACAAUUGCUAUUUUUGAUAAAUAUUUAUUACAGUCAUCCAGAAAUAACUAGUUUAAUAGUACACAGAAUGUUUAUAAAAUAAAAGUUCUAGCAGAUGGUGA